AUGGCCGCAGAAUCUUCGUACGGAUUCGUCUACGGAGUUUCCGGACCUGUCGUCACAGCCGAAAAGAUGGCCGGAUCCGCCAUGUACGAGUUGGUUCGUGUCGGACAUCAAGAACUUGUCGGAGAGAUUAUUCGUCUCGAGGGUGACUACGCCACCAUCCAGGUUUACGAGGAAACUUCCGGAGUCACCAUCGGAGAUCCAGUACUUCGUACCGGAAAGCCUCUCUCCGUCGAGUUGGGACCAGGUAUCAUGGGUUCGAUUUUCGACGGAAUUCAACGUCCACUCAAGGACAUUGCUGAUAUCACCCAAUCCAUCUACAUUCCAAAGGGAGUCUCCACCAACGCCUUGUCCCGUGACGCUCGUUGGGACUUCGCUGUUAACAAGGAUCUUCGUGUUGGAGGACACGUAACUGGAGGAGAUAUCAUUGGAACAGUCGAUGAGAACUUGCUCAUCAAGCACAAGAUUCUUCUGCCACCAAGUGCCUGCGGAACAAUCACCUUCGUUGCCUCUUCUGGACAAUACACCGUCACUGACCCACUUCUCGAGUUGGAGUUCGCUGGACGCAAGCAAAAGUUCUCUAUGCUUCAAGUUUGGCCAGUCAGAAACCCAAGACCAGUGACUGAGAAGCUCGCCGCCAACAACCCGCUUCUCUGUGGACAGCGUGUGCUCGACGCCUUGUUCCCAUGUGUCCAAGGAGGAACCACCGCCAUUCCAGGAGCUUUCGGAUGCGGAAAGACUGUCAUUUCUCAAUCACUCUCCAAAUACUCCAACUCUGACGCUAUUAUCUACGUCGGAUGCGGAGAGCGUGGAAACGAAAUGUCUGAAGUACUUCGUGAUUUCCCAGAACUCACUAUGGAAGUCGAAGGUGUCACCACAUCUAUCAUGAAGCGUACCGCAUUGGUCGCCAACACCUCCAACAUGCCUGUAGCUGCUCGUGAGGCUUCCAUCUACACUGGUAUCACUCUUGCCGAAUAUUUCCGUGAUAUGGGUCUCAAUGUCGCUAUGAUGGCCGACUCCACAUCUCGUUGGGCUGAGGCUCUUCGUGAGAUUUCUGGACGUCUCGGAGAAAUGCCCGCCGAUUCCGGAUACCCAGCUUACCUUGCCGCUCGUCUCGCCUCCUUCUACGAGCGUGCCGGACGUGUCAAGUGCCUUGGAUCACCAGAACGCGAGGGAUCCGUCACCAUCGUCGGAGCCGUAUCUCCACCAGGAGGAGAUUUCGCCGAUCCAGUUACAUCUGCUACCCUCGGUAUCGUACAAGUGUUCUGGGGAUUGGAUAAGAAGCUCGCCCAACGUAAACAUUUCCCAUCUAUCAACUGGCUCAUCUCUUAUUCCAAGUACAUGCGUGCUCUUGAGGAGUUCUACGAGAAGAACUAUCCAGAGUUCGUGCAUCUUCGUACCAAGUGUAAGGAGAUUCUUCAAGAAGAAGAGGAUCUUUCCGAAAUUGUGCAACUUGUCGGAAAAGCUUCCCUUGCCGAGUCUGACAAGAUCACUCUUGAGGUUGCCAAGAUCAUCAAGGACGACUUCUUGCAACAAAACGGUUACACCAAAUACGAUCGUUUCUGCCCAUUCUACAAGACUGUCGGUAUGCUCAAGAACAUGAUUGGAUUCUACGAUUUGGCCCGUCACUCCGUUGAAGUCACCGCUCAGUCCGACAACAAGAUCACAUGGAACGUUAUCAAGGAUAGCAUGGGAGACUUGAUCUACCAACUUUCGGCUAUGAAAUUCAAGGACCCAGUUGCCGAUGGUGAAGCUAAGAUUCGCAAGGACUACGAUGAUUUGGCUGAAGCUAUGGCUAACGCUUUCAGAAAUCUUGAGGAUUAA